AUGUCAGUUAUCUGUGGGCUUCCUAUACUUGAGUGUGUUUAUUGUUUGGGUUGUGCGCGUUGGGUUUGGAAAAAAUGUCUCUACACUGCAGGCUAUGAGAGUGAGAAUUGGGGUUUGGCUACUGCAGAGGAGUUUGAGCCUAUACCGCGAUUUUGUCGCGUGAUAUUAGCUGUUUACGAAGAUGAUAUUCGUAACCCUCAGUGGGCUCCGGAAGGUGGUUAUGGUAUUAAUCCUGAUUGGAUAAUCUUGCGGAAGGAUUACGGGGAUAACCAAGGUUGCGUUACUCCGUACAUGAUAUACGUUGAUCAUGAUCGUGGGGAAAUUAUACUUGCUGUUAGUGGACUCAAUUUAGGGAAAGAAAGUGAUUACGCAGUUUUGCUUGAUAAUAAACUAGGACAGACGGAAUUUCAUGGUGGAUAUGUUCAUAAUGGGUUGUUGAAGGCGGCGGAAUGGGUUUUUGAUGCGGAAUGGGAGGUUUUGAGGAAGCUAAUAGCGGAAUACCCAACUUAUAUGCUGACAUUUGUUGGACAUUCGCUUGGGGCUGGGGUGGUGGCGUUAUUGACAAUGCUAGCGCUUCAUGAUCGCGACAAAUUGGGGUUGCAGAGAAACAAGAUAAAAUGCUACGCAAUUGCUCCUGCUCGAUGCAUGUCUCUCAAUUUGGCUGUAAGAUACGCGGAUGUGAUAAAUUCUAUUGUACUACAGGAUGAUUUUUUACCUCGGACAACGACUGCUCUGGAAAGCGUCUACAGGUCACUUUUAUGUUGGCCUUGUUUAUUGUGUCUCUUGUGCUUAAAGGAUACUUGCACACUGGAGGAAAAGAAGCUUAGAGACCCAAGGCGUCUGUACGCACCUGGUCGUCUCUAUCACAUUGUGGAGCGAAAGCCCUUCAGGUUUGGAAGAUUUCCACCGGUUGUUAGGACAGCGGUACCUGUUGAUGGGAGGUUUGAUCAUAUAGUUCUUUCUUGCAAUGCAACUUCUGACCAUGCCAUCCUUUGGAUUGAGAGAGAAUCCCGACAGGCGCUCGAUUUAAUGCUAGAGAAAGAUCGACAUAUGGAUAUUCCGGCCGAGCAGAAGAUGGUGAGGCAAAAAUCUCUAGCUCGCGAACACAGUCAAGAGUACCGCGCGGCCCUUCAGAGGGCAGUUGCUUUGGAUAUUCCUCAAGCAUACUCGCCUUCCUCAUAUGGAACAUUUCAUGAAAUUGAUGUCGAGGAAGAUUCCGGAAGAUCUAGUGGCAAAAGUUCCUCCUUGUCUGACAAGAAACAAUCGGAAGGUUGGAAUGAAUUUGUCGGGCGGAUGUUUGACGUGGACGACACAGGUCAUAUGGUGUUCAAGAAGACCACUCCUUAA